GCAAGCAUGCCUCUCCUUCCCAGAACUUCCUCCAGCUAAAAUCUGGAAUAACCUAAGUGUUACUGCUAUGGGAGGGCACUUGCGGAGGGGAGGGCGCCCUGAGUUACUAAGGAGAGAGGGUCCACAGGGGCUUGGAGUUCCAGAGCAUCACAGACUAAAGGGGGCAGGCAUGGAGAGGUGCACUGCUCAGAAAGGUCCCUGUUUCUGAGCCACUAUUUCAUAUGAAUCUUUCCCUGUCUCUUCACCCUUAACCUCAAAUUCACAGGUCCAGGAGAGGGGAGACCCACCAGGGGGCCACUGGAUCUGGCCUGGCCAUCUGUGAACAAAUCACAGGGGCCUGGGAUAUGCUAAAACCUUGAGACUGUGGGGGCGGCUUCUCAGGAAUCCAGUAUCUGGGCUCACAGGAAAGAGUACGUCAUGGUUCAGCAUUCUCCCCAUCAGCCUCAACAAGGACAAACAUUUCCGCUUCAAGGCAGAGCUAGGGUGGGGCUUGGAUGACUUCCUUACUUCAGAACUAUGUGCUGAGAGGAGGCCUAUUGGCUCAGCAGGAAAGACCCAGGCCUGGCAUGGCCAUGACUCAGUAAUUCUAAGUCCGGUUUCGUGACCUUUGCUGACCUAAUCAAGUGUCCUUGGACCUGUCUCUUAGGUCUUUGUUGGCCUGGCUGUGUCUUCUGGGCUGUUCAACACUUUGACCUGCUGCCCACUCCACGUAUGGAGAACCCAGGACUGGUGGUGCGUGGGCAGGCUGCACCCUUUUCCACAGCACUUCGAAGCCUCAUCAACAACCCCCGGUACAGUGAUAUUUGCUUUGUGGUUGGUCAAGAACGGCAAGAGGUGUUUGCCCAUCGGUGCUUGUUGGCCUGCAGAUGUAACUUCUUCCAGAGACUUUUGGGACCUGGGAUACCUAGUCCUGUGGUGCUAAGCACUGUGCCGGCCGAAGCCUUCUUAGCUGUGCUGGAGUUCCUGUAUACCAACAGUGUCAAGCUGCAUCGAUACUCUGUGAGCCUACCAAGCAGAGGUCUGGGUGGGAGAGAAGCUGAGGAUGCCAGAGGGGCGGGGGAAACUCCCUUCUGCUCCCUCAACCACUCCCACUCCCCCCACCCUGACCCCGUGCAGGUGCUGGAGGUGCUCACAGCAGCUGUGGAGUACGGGCUGGAGGAACUCCGAGAGUUCUGUCCCCAGCUAUGCCUGGAGUUUGUGGUGAAGGUGCUGGAUGUGGAAUUGGUUUGUGAGGCUCUGCAGGUUGCUGUAACCUUUGGUCUGGAGCCACUACAGAAGCGGUGCAUAGCCUUCAUAGAGACUCACAGCCAGGAGGCGCUCCGCACCCGUGGCUUCCUGGAGCUGUCCGCCACCGCACUGCUUCCCGUGCUACGCAGUGACAAGCUCUGCGUGGACGAGGCUGAGUUGAUUCAGGCAGCCCGAAGCUGGGCACGUGUGGGCGCCGUGAGUGGGGUCUGGGGGUUGGACGAUGACGCUGAAGCGGCGCAGGCCGCAGGAUUCUGCAAGCGGGCGCGGGGCACAGGCUCAAGGCUCUCUUCCAUAGGCGGUGUUGGAGCAACCCGUGGCCGAGGUGGCAGCUCCAGUGGUUCGAGAGCUGAGAUUGGCUCUGCUCGCCCCAGCGGAGCUAAGCGCCCUGGAAGAACAGAACCGACGGGAGCCUCUCAUUCCGGUGCGGACGCGAGUAACCAAACUUAUAUCCACUCUGCCACGUGGGGACGAGGAGCAAGGACCGAAGGCCAGGGACUUCCGGCCUGCAUGGUGACCCGAUUUCCCCUACAGGUUGAACAAAUUGUGGAGGCAUGGAAGUGCCACGCCCUACGCAGAGGAGAUGCGGCCCGGAGCGCACUGUGCCGCCGGCGGAGGGGCACCUUGCCUCGGGAUCACCAUCGUUUUCUGGACCUUCGUUUCUAAUGAUCCACUUCCGGAUCGUUCUAGGACGUUAACCACUCCCCAAACUACAGUUCCCAGGGUGCUAUUCGCUGGAGGUGGUCUUCCUUUCCCAGCAAGCUCAGCAGCCGGAUACGGGAAGGACCGUUUUUUGCGUCUGGAGUAAUAGCUAAAGCCUCCGUGGGAGAGUAGGGUUUGGACAGUGGGCCCAAGGGGCUAGACUGUGGGCUUGGGUGAUGUCCUGAGACCGGAAACGGGGGUGGCCUUUGUUGCAUGAGCUCAUGCUUCUUCAAGUCGGUCUGCACCCCUGUACUCGGGUGACGCUCUAUUUAGCUCAUCCUCUUUAACAAACCAGCUUCCUGGCUCCAGGCUCAGCGCAGAUUUGAGCUUCUCACUUUCCCAGCCCUGGAAAUAGUGUUUGUUUUUUUCUGUGGGUCUGGAGCCCGGACCUCUUCCUUACCUACCUCAUGCCUUGUCUCCCUCUUAAUACUACUUCCUCGUUGGUUUAGUCUGAAGCCUAUCUUUCAUCACAUUUUGGGGUAUUUUCUACCACUACCCCAGCCAGUGCCCCUCACUCCUUUCCCCCUCGGGGUUACAAUAUUCCCUAUGAUGGUCCCAUGCCAUGAUUGUCAAGCAUUUCCUCCUGAGUUCUUUCCAGACAAGCUACUAAAUUCCUUGAGAUUUAGCAAUCAGAAAUUCUGCGUUUGGGAGUUCCAGGAUUAUUGGUGGGUGGGGGAGGUGUGGACAAUCUCUCACUGCAACCCCAGCUAUUUAGGACCGGUUAGCUUUGAGAUCAUAGUGCUCGCUCUCUGGCUGCCUCUGCCUUCCUGGUAUGGAGAUUAAAGGCAUGUACGCACUACCGCUCCCCGAUAAAUUAAAAACAAAAAAGCAGGGUGGGAAAGACGGUAUACGCCUUUAAUCCAAGCAGUUGGGGAGCAGAGAAAGGCGAUCUCUGCAAAUUUGAGACCAACCUGGUCUACUACAGAGUAAAUUCCAGGAAAUCCAGGGCUAGAACCACUGUGUGUGUGUGUGUGUGUGUGUGUGUGUGUGUGUGUGUGUGUGUGUAAUGUAUGCAGGGCUAGAACCACUGUGUGUGUGUGUGUGUGUGUGUGUGUGUGUGUGUGUGUGUGUGUGUGUAAUGUAUGCUUUUACCACUUUAUCCAGCAAAUUUUCUUGGUUUUGUUUUUCAAAAGAACAGCACCCCUCAGCUCCCAGUAAAUAAUUGUAAAGGAGUUAUAAAGCAAAGAUCUAAAAAAUGAAGACUAGUGGACAAUUUAAAAAGAAAUAAAAUAACUCUAGCCUUAUAUGAAAA